AUGGUGAAAAUGACCAAAUCAAAAACUUUCCAGGCUUAUCUGCCGAACUGUCACAGAACUUACAGCUGUAUACACUGUAGAGCACACUUAGCUAACCAUGAUGAAUUGAUAUCCAAGGCAAGUUUCUCCUUUUUGCCUGUUUCAUUAAUGCUCAUUAUAUUAAAUACAUAAUAAUUGGGUGUCCAUUCAGUAACAAAUAUUAGAAUUCCUCAUUACUCCACAAAGGCGUCUAGUUGACCUGCGUUCUUAUACUAGCACAUUAGUGAGCUAUCCAACCAAGUCUGUAUAACAUAAUGGUCCACAACCGUGUUGAUCUAGUUCGUGCCCAGACUCUCUGAAGUUAUCAGGGACUCCUAAACAUGUGUGCCCUGAUAUGGUCUAUUUUUCCAACCACGUAUACUAUAUUUAGUAGGGAUCAACUGAUUAUCGGGUUUGCCGAUAUUUGAUUUGUUUUCCAAAAAAGUUUGUGUGUGGUGUGUGUGUGUGUAUUGGCCGAUAAUCACCGGUAAUACCGAUAAUGAGGUGGGCUGGCGUGUCCGUAAGGCGCACAGUGCUCCCUCCUGACAGGCACUCUGUGUAGCGUGGCCGAGCAGUGCGCACAAUGGUACAGGAACUUGUUUCCUGUACCCGGCUGGACUGAAAGGAAGUGCUCACUGAGAGAGCACUUCCUUUCAGUCCAGCUGGGUACAGGAGACUGAAUCGCCUGUACCGUGGAGACAAGACAGGGGGAAGUUACAUUUUGGGAAAUGGGAGGGGGAGGAAAAAACACCGGGGGAGAGCAGGAAAGAAGGCUAUGGGAGGGGAGGUGCAGGAAAAACACUGGAAGUGAGGGGCAGGAAAGAACACUAUGGUUUGGGGGAGAGAGAAACAUUAAGGGAGGGCACUAAGGUACAUGGAAGGGAAAAGGAACACUGGGGUGGGGGGGGGCACUAAAAGAUAACGGAGAGGAACAUCAUGAAGGGGGGGCAGCACAUAUUUGCACUCAAACACACUGCAUCCACCACACACACUGCAUUUACUAAUCAAAUAAUCUCACUGCAUCCAUCACACACAUACACACACACACACAAAUAUUCUUGAAAACAUAUUAAAAAAAAAUUGACUGGCAUUAAUUUUUUUUUUCUCAAAAUGGUAAAUGUACAGAAUAUCGGUAAGCUAUCGGCCUGAAAGUUCACAGGUUAUCGGUAUUGGCUCUACAAAACAAUCAAUAUCGGUUGAUACCUAAUAUUUGGUUCAAUCUAAGAACCAUUGUCAUACCCCUAGAUUUUUCAUGUACUCAUUUUAGAUUUUUUUUUUUUUAUGUACAAUGUAUUUGUAUUCUUGUUUAUAUAAAAAAAAAAAACACACAAAAAAAUUCAAUAAAUAUUUUGUCACAAAAGUCCUUGUUGUUGUUGUAUGAUGGGGGAACAAAGAAACCCACUCAACAGAUUAGAAAUUUAAUACGCAACCAUACCAUUGCUGCACAUUUUUGGGGCAGAAGAAGGCAUGUUGGAAAUUGCCAACAAGAAUUGAAUUGGUGGUGCUGUGCAAUAGCUCUAAGCUACAUUACCACUGUAUCCCAAUUGAUUUGUUACUUUGAGAGUGUCCUAAAGCCAUCCCCGGUUUCAUUUCAAACCGUUUAGGAAUGACUUCACAUAAAUCUGGCCUUGUCCUAGCACUCCCCAUUGAUAAUACAAUUUCAAUUAAGUGGAUUGUAGUAGUUAUGGUACUAAGUAUGGUACCAGGACCUGGCUUGUUGGCUGAGCGCAUUCAGCUGACACUCGCAGCCACUGCACUGCACGUGGUCCUGCUCUGUACAAUAGCUUCCAGCUCUGUCUUCCAGAUGCAGUGAGAUGGCCAGGCAGGAAGUCCAGUUGUUACAAAACUGACUCCAGGUAGCUCCACUAAACUAAGCAGGGCCAUGCUCAUGUUUUAGUGUCAGCUGAGUGCUCUCAGCCAAUGAGAGUGGUCCUGGAUUGACCAAGCUUAUCUCAGUGGAGACAUAUGACUUCUUCUGCAGGAUAAAGAUGGAUGCGGCACUGGAGAACGAUGCAAGCCAUCAAACCGUUCUUAAAUGGUUUGACAAAUUACUCCUUCAGGGCACUCCUUUUUUCAUAACCUCUACAGUAAGCUCAAUAUCAGGAUAUAUCAAGAGAGACUUGCUAUAAGCACUAACCUGUAUCAGGGCAGAAACCACAAUCGUCAAUGCACAAGGGGCCCAAAUUUACUUUAUAUAGGCUAACACAGUUUCUGAUUGGUCCACGUCAUCUCUGCGACUACAAAUUGAUUAAAUAUGAGGUGACCUAGAUGACGUGGUCACUUUAAGGGCAGACGUGACGUUGCAUCAUUUGAAUACUUAAGAAUCGCCAUUCAAGUGGGCAGCGUCUAAGAUAUUACAGGGAAGAAAUGACUGGAUUUCGGUCUGCACGAACUAAAAGACAAAGCAGGAUUGCUGGCUGAGGGGUAUGAAUAAAAUAUAUACUUGUUCAGGUUGUGUCGACAAGUUGCCUUUGGAGAAAAGUGUCGAAAAGCAUUCGGUUUGCACAGCCCAACAAAGAAAGCAGCGUGGGUUCCAGCGGCAGGUAAGUUGAUGACAUUCUUUACAGUAAGUGUUUAGGAAGGUUGCGUAAGUAAUAUACAGGGAGGUUUGACUAGGGCUGCAAACACAACCUGAUUUAACUCCUAAAUGGCAGAGUACUGAGCAGUUGAACUGCAGGGCUUGAGCUCCACCAAUAUUUUCAUUUUUGUUUUCGUGGCUCUACUGUCCCUUGAAAUGGGCUAUUUUUAAAAGUUUGCACACAACAAAUACUGAUUAGAGAUGCUGUAAAACAUUGCGUAUUAGAAAGUAAAGAGGUGUUGGUGUUGAAUGCUUCAUGAUUUAUUUUCAGUUGCUAAUCUGUGCUUUGUACAAGUAGUCUGUUUACUCCUUGCACUGUUUAAAAGUGGGCCAAAUACAGUAACAUAUAUGUUGCUUAUAGCGCAAGUCAAACUUUUCUCUUAUAGCUGUUUGCUUAUGUGACCAUUUCUGAGCAAAUGUACAUGUUUAACUCUCUCAUCCUUCUGAAAUUCAUUGAGUAACCUCUCCAUAAAGUAUGUCCUAACAUGGUCUUUUCUCAAUUGAUCUGUUAGAAACUAAAAAUUUUUGCUGGUAGCAAUGUUUGCACGGAUAGUUGAAAUGUAUGCAAUUGGUGGAGUUCUUGAUUUAUUGUUGACUUUCUAUUAUGAGCAGUAUUCAUUUACCCAUAUAUUUAUUUUCUCUCCCAUCUACAGUCAUUUCAGGGAAGUCAAGGUAGAGCCUACCUCUUUAAUUCAGUGUGAGUAUUUUUUUUGUGUAUAUGAAUAUUUUCUCAAACUUUGUUUUCCAUGGGUUUUACAUUUUAAAGGACAGCUCUAAGCACCACAACAUAUUUUUAGCUUAUCAAAGCAAUUUUGGUGUAUAGAUCAUACCCCUGCAGUCUCACUGCUUAAAGAAACAUACAUCACUUUGUGACACCUGUCUCAUUUAAGAUUUGGCUUUGAAUGGGGCAGUUGGCUCACUGUGCAGGCUGAAAAAACAGGUACAAAUGAUUUUUCUCCAUAUUUACCUUUCUUUUUUAUGCUUUGCACACCUACUCCAGGUUGGACACUGAUCUAAGCAUUCCAUGUCCUAUUCCUAGGAAUGCUGGAAAAGUGCAUUGGGCAUGCGUGACCUUUACAAGUGUGCAGUUGGAAGAUCUCUUCACCCCUGCAACAUGAUCUGAUCAGUGUAAUCAUGCAAAGCAGACUGCUGUUUCAGGUUUCGGUCUCCUGCUGCACAAUGAUGCCCUGUUUCUAUUUUUAGUGGACUGACCUGAAACUGAGUUGGGUGGGUAAGAGGGAGGGCAGGCUGAAUAAAGUUGUGCCCAAUAAUACAAUGCAUGGGAUUUAAUGCUGUAUUUUGGUUUUUAUAUUUGUGUAAGUGUUUGGUUGCUGGUUUAAAAAGACAGUUGUCAAGUGAUGCAUGUCUCUUUAAUUCUCUUCCAUUUAGCAGUUAACUCAUUUUGUUUAUGCAGCCGUUGUCACACCUUCGCUGCCUGUUAUUUACACAGUCCUCCCCACACAUUUCCUGCACGGUUAAUAGCCUGCUAGAGCCUGCAGGAGCAUCAUGUGUGAUUAAAGGACCAUUCCACACCCAUAAUAAGGUGUUAGGAGUAUCCCAUUACAAUUUAUAAAAAUAUGGCAUUUUUAUAAGCAAACAACCAGGGUGAUUUCUUCCUGCUCCUGUUGGCUCCCAUCUCCUUGAAUGUGCCUCUCCCUGUCAGACCCGCGUCCAGUAUGCAGCUCAUUCACUGAGUGAGCCCUUCAGACACUCAAUGAGAAGCCUCUGAUUGGCUCUUUCACUGUGAAGAGACUGAAAGUCUCUUCUGGAGUUAAACGGGGAGCAGAUAUACCCCCAAUGGAUAUGUGCAUGAAAAUGCAUGCAUGUAUUCAUUGGGGGUGUAUCUACCAGUUGGUGACUUUUUUUUUUCAGUAUGGGCAGUGGAGAGAUCAUUUCACAGAGCAGUUGAUAACUUCUCAAUAUACACUGCUGUAAGAGCUGAUUAAAGAUGAAACCACACCAGGGAAGUUGUGGCUAAGCCUGCAUAAACCGUGAUUUAACUCCAAAAUGGCAGAGAACUGAGCAGUGAAACUGCAUGGCUUAAUAUGUACCAAAAAUCUGCUUCAUUAAGUGAAAUGUUGUUGUGGGGCUCAGUAUUUUCCUUUACAUUGACCUGCGUACCUUCUGCACUAUGCCCUGCCACAUUUCAAAAAAGGUUGUCUGAUCUAAAUGGUGCUGUGUCUCCAUAGUCAGGGUAUACACUCAAAUGAGAAUUGCCAAGGAAUUAAAAGUGAAUUUCAAAUUUAAAGCCAAAGUGACAGAAUUGGGAGCAUGGCUUGGAGAAUUUUAAGUUCUGUUACUUUGGACUUAAAUUUGAUAUUUACGUUAAAUUCCUGACACGUCUCAUUUUAGAAAAUUAUCUGGUCAAAUUCCUCUGGACCUUGUUUACAGAUUAGACCUAAUUGGAAAGCACUUAAAUUAUAACGUUCGCUUAAUGACCCACUCUACAAUUGUAAUAUAACAUAUAUAACCGGAUACAUUCUGUAAAUAAAAAGAAAACCAAAUCUCUAUUGCAGUAGGGGAAAGUGCAAUUUUAUUGUAGCAACAUCCUUGGAUUGAUGAAUAGAAUAUGCCUCUCCCAUCCAUUGGAAACACUGUAAAGGAGUCACUUUUUUUUUUUUUUUUUGCGAGUAUAGGUUUUACUGCCAUUGAAGAGCCUGUUACAUGUUUUACAAUCAAAAUGAGGAUAUUUUAUCCAGAGUAUGGGGAAAUUUGGAAGGCUUGGUUGAAAAUUUAGUCUCUUAACAGAUUAGUAUUUGAGGGAGUAGUUCAAAAUAAGAGCUUGCCAUUAAAUUUAACUACCAUAAUUAAAAGCAUAGUCACAUUAUUCAAUAUAUGACCUCAUACUAUAAACAUAAAAGGAUUUUGGGGAAAAAAGUUAUAGGUAGGCACCUGGGAAGUAUAUUGAAUGUUUGGUGGCCUUGACAGAGGUGGUAAAUAUAUACAUAUUACUGUUGUAAGUCUAAAGAGAAAACCAACACAGAAUAAAUGUAAUACAUAAUUAUCUAGUUUUGACUUGCAUUAUUCAAUUUACCACAGUUCCCAUGCAUACCGUAUUGGACAUGGGAAGUGUGGAGCUGGUCUUGCCUCCAUUUCCAAUAUUCUUAAAAUGGAAGUUUCCAUUCUGCUCUAGAGCUAGUAAUCUAGUUCAUAUUUUGAUGAAAUUAGUUAACUGUAAGUUUCAAUGGAAAUAGUGCCUUCUGUUUUAGUCAUAUCAGAAGUAUAGGCUGGGCCAAAGGAGACUGAUGGAUCCAUGUGAGUGUUAAGGUAGAUUAAAAAGUUUUCUUGGUAUGAUGCCAAGGCAGUCCUGGCAUCAUAACCACUAUAGCAGUUAGACUGCCUAUUUAAGCAUUGGGAAUUUUGGCCACCCUAAAUGGAAGAGAGAGGUUGUCUGUUCAUGGAGAUCAUAUGUUAAAUUGGAAUUACGAUUCUUUAAUGUAAAUACGAAAAAGCCUUAUAACUUGGCAUGAAACGUAUUGUAGAAAAUAUGUUUAUAAACUAAAGAUCUGGUUAUACUAUUAAUUGAGCAUAAAAAAAAAAAAAGGAAUAAAAUGUACAGCUUUUCUUUUUUGGGGAAAGUGCUUUCUUAUGGAAUGUGGAGAGCUUCAGUCAUUAUUAUAUUAAAGGGACACUGUAGGCACCCAGACCACUUCAGCUCAUUGAAGUGAUCUGGUUGCAGUGUUUCAUCACCUUUAACCCUGAGCAUGUAAUUAUUGCAGUUUUUAAUAAACUGCAAUAAUUACCUGCUAGUGUUAACUUCUCCUCUAGUGGCGGUCUACCUGACAGCCAAAACAGGGGCUUCCGGGUGGUUAGGUGAUGUUUGGUCGCCUAAUUGAUGCUGGACAUCCUCACACUAUGCUUCCAGCAUCCCCGGAAUCCCAUAGGAAAGCACUGAAUAAUGCUUUCCUAUGGGGAAAUCUUAAUGCGAGCACUGACAUUGCCACGCAGGUGAAUUAGGUCUCCCCUGCUGGCUGGACCAAGGUAUGUGAUAGGGGGCCUUUGACGGAGGGGAAAGCUAUGAUACCAGGAAAACGAGUUUGUUUUCCUGGCACUAUAGUUACAUUUUUUAAAAAAAAUUUUUUUUUUAAGAAUUCUUAAAACAAACACAAACUUUUUAACUUGUGCAAUGACAGCACUGAUAUCGCUUGGCGCUGGGUUGCGCACUUUAUCCAACAAAGACAGCAGAUUGGGGAACCUAUCUCGGGUGUGCAUUAGGCCUAUCCCACAGGAAAGCAUUGUUUUAAUGCUUUCCUAUUGGGAGUUUCUGGAUGCUGGACGUCCUCAUGCACCAUGUGAGAAUGUCCAACAUAAUUUCAUGCAGUCAAACUCCCUGAAACUGUAGAAAACACCUCAAAAACUGUGUUUUACCUUACUGGAUUUAGGGAAUAGACACUGCAUCCAGACUACUUCAGUGAGGUGAAGUGGCCUGGGUGCCUAUAGUGUUCCUUUAAGAUAACUCUAAAUUGCUUUGCUGUUGGUUGGGUAAAAGUCCUUUCAAAGCCUAAUAAUACUGCCACGUUUCACUACUCUAGGGGCACAAAGUAAUUAAAUCCUACAUUCUAAAGUUAGAAAUAAUAACGUUUCUGCACAAUAACAAACAAUUAAAAAAACCAAAAACUUUAUAGCUAAAUAAAUUGGGACUUGAAAAGUCAGUUGAAAAAUAGAAACAUUAAAAUUACAGGGUAGUUGAGGCACAGCCAGUAUAACUUAACUCGCUAAGCACCAGUGUGUUUACACCUUAGUGCCGUUGUUUUGGUGCGCAGAUGCUGUCCCUUUUCUGGGCAAUAUCAAAUUGCUAUUUCAGAGAAAAGGCAACAUUUACAUGUGGCAGAAAACACACCUUUAGUGGCUUUUAAAAAGACAGCCAGAAAAUGCGCAUCCUCCUUACAUCCAAAAAAAAAAAAAUCUGAUUGGCAGAUAUCUAAAGUACUUCUCUAUGAAAAGUGUCUGGACAGAAGUUGUAAUGAUUGAUAACUUCACAGGAGGAAAGUUGGGCUUCAGUGAGGUGUCUAUCCUGGCACUUUAAUAAAGGUAAUUAAUUGUAGUGGGGCUUUUUUUGUUUUAAAUUUUUUACAUUAAAACUUAUUUAAAGGAACACUACAAAGCACUUUAGCUUACAGAAGUGCGUUGUGUGUGAAGGUUAUUUUUAGUUUUAUUUCUUCUCUUCAUUUGACAAAGUGCCGUUUUCAAUAGAGAUUAGUUUAGUUUAUAAAUUAAACUUAAGUUUUUUUAAUUGGUCCUGUUACUUUCUGGUAGCUCAGUGGAGCUGAACUCAAUAGGCAGCAAUUGCCCAGAGUACUUGCCUUGCAAAGACUUAUCACUGAGCUGAGGGAAGUCUGUGAUUGGACAGAGAAAGCCUGUGACAAAGGAUCCCAAGCUUUUGCAAGUUGUUUUUAUAAAUCUUCAAUACAUCUCCAAUGGAAAAAAAUGUGCAUCAAUAAAAGCAUGCAUCUUAAAAUUGGGGGUAUAUCUACUAAAUCGUUACAAAUACAAAAUUCAUUGAAAUAUUCCUUUUUAACCUGUAAAGCUGAGCAUUAUAUUAAGAAUACUCCGGACCUAGUUUUUUUUAUAAUACACAUGUAAAUAAGUCAGGCUUAAUAUUCGCAAAACUAACUUUUUUUUUUUUUUUUGAGGAUUCCAGUUUGUUUUGUUUUAACAUGUAUAACCUAUACUAAAGUAGUAGAGAAAUGCCAAGCUACAGCUAUAUGUUUAUAUAUAGACCACUAUGCACAUUUGCAUGCUUGCUUGAUUCUUACUCUCAUUUUUCAGGGUACAUACUUUUCUAAUUCUUAAGUGUUCAGUGCUGCUGAUGGCGAGAUAGAAAACCUUUUACUUUUGUCAGCAGUUUUCGUAACAUGUAGUUAUUGCAGUUUCCUUCUCUCUGUCGAAUCACAAUCUGGGAUUGAAUUAUAAGCAAUAACCAUUGAGGUUACCUGGGCUAUUUUAGUGCAGAGUGUAAAGCUUGGCUUGAACAAGGUUACGUCCUUUUAAAAUAAUCCAGUGAGUGUUGUGUGCUAUAAAAAUAUUGGAUUGGAGAGAAGUGCUGAGACAUGGCAGUAGCUUUCACUCCACUGCACCAGGUGCUGAUCACAUCUGGUGGAGUGCCUGCCAAACAAUGCUUUUAGACAUUGUAAGCAGGAAAUUUGAGAGUGCCAUAUACCCAUUUGCUGUGUAUUCCUUCUACAGUGAGAUUUACAAAGUAUCCAAACUGCUUAUAGCAUUUGCACAUGGUUGCCAAGAUUUUCUGGUUUAGUUGUACCCAUAUUCCCUCAUUUUUGUUAACACUUUGCCUGCAAACAGUAAAAGAUUAAACUACCAAUAGGAAUUGGGGAUGCUGGUAUUGGAAUGCAUUCUCUUACUGGUCAUAUUCUCAAAGCUCAUAUAAUCACAAUCUCCCAAGGCAUGCAAGUUGCCCGCUCUUUGCAGUAGCAAAUUAAAGGAAUUUGAGGUCUGCUCAUUUAUUUAAAAAUUAUUGAACUGGAAACAUGUUCUUGAUCUGCUUUAAAAAGCCAAUAGUCUCAUGAGCUCUGUGACCAUACAGGGAAUUUAACAGUUUGCCUCCACCUUGCAGGGUGAAUGUUGGCUGUGGUCCAGCAGAAGAGAGGGUCCUUCUUACUGGGUUGCAUGCAGUGGCUGAUAUAUACUGUGAGAACUGCAAAACCACACUUGGCUGGAAAUAUGUGAGUUGUAUAUUAUUAAAAUAGUUUAAUGUACGUCACUGCUUCCUGCAUGCUCUGAAACAGAGCACUGAUUAAAUAAUCUGGGAUAAGUAAGCUCUGUAACUACUCUUGUCUGCAUCCAGCAAACCAUAAAUAAGCAGAAGAACCUUAAACAUUUCCCCCCUCAAACUAAACUACAUAUACUUCAGCUCUGAAAUAAUUAUGAGACGUGGUCUACAACAUCAGGAGUGCCGAAGGUUUCCUAUCCCAUUAUGUACUAUAAUGAGCCAGCAUAUACUACAGGGUAUAAUACAGGGCUUUUUUUUAUUUAAGUGUAUGCUAUAAAAAAAAGCUAUGUGCAAUAUCCAAAGAAAUGCAAAAGUUAUUUGUAUAUGGCUUGGUGUUUUAAAAUAAUUUUGUAAAAGGGCACUAGUAAUGUUGUAUUUCUUUAUUGUGAUGUGCUAUUUCUGUUUUGCUUCUCUUCUUAGGAACAUGCCUUCGAGAGCAGUCAGAAGUAUAAGGAAGGAAAGUUUAUCAUUGAACUGGCUCAUAUGAUAAAAGACAAUGGCUGGGAGUAA